AUGGCGUUCGCGGGCCUCAAGAAGCAAAUAAACAAGUGUAACCAGUAUGUUACGGAAAAAAUGGGAGGUGCAGAAGGCACAAAACUGGACCUGGACUUUAUGGAUAUGGAAAGGAAAACCGAUGUAACAUAUGAACUAGUGGAAGAGCUCCAAAUGAAGACUAAAGAGUUUCUGCAACCUAAUCCAACGGCAAGGGCCAAAAUGGCGGCUGUAAAGGGUAUCAGCAAAUUGAGUGGUCAAGCCAAGUCCAACACUUACCCUCAGCCUGAGGGGGUGCUAGGUGACUGUAUGCUCACCUACGGCAAAAAAUUAGGGGAUGAUAGCCCUUUUGGCGUGGCCCUUGUCGAAAUGGGUGAGUCCCUUAGGCAAAUGGCCGAUGUCAAGUAUUCGCUUGACGAUAAUAUCAAGCAGAACGUUUUGGAACCGUUGCAUCACCUGCAGACCAAAGAUUUGAAAGAAGUUAUGCAUCACCGAAAAAAAUUACAAGGAAGAAGGCUUGAUUUUGACUGCAAACGACGACGACAAGCAAAAGGGAAAGGGGUAGGAUCCCCAUAUUCAAGUCCCGUCAAAACCAGUGCGGUUUGUGGAUCUAAUAUUCCAGAUGAUGAAAUCAGACAGGCAGAAGAAAAAUUCGCCGAAUCUCUGCAUCUUGCUCAAAUGGGAAUGUUCAACUUGUUAGAGAAUGAUGUAGAACAAAUUGCACAGUUAGCUACUUUUGCCGAGGGCCUGCUAGAUUAUCAUAGCCAAUGUACUGAAAUUCUCAAAACCCUAACGGAAACCUUACUGGAAAAGAAAGAUGAAGCAGCAAAUCGUCCAAAAGUAGAAUUCGUACCGAAGACGCUCCAAGAUUUGAACAUCGAAGGAGUAUCGUCCGACGGCAUGAAUGGUACUAAUUAUCAAAAUAGUUUAAUUAUCCCUAGUAGUCAUAACAACAAAGUACCUUCAUACAACACUCAGUUAAAAGGAACAGUUAAUAAGCCCGUACCUAUCAGGCAUACGAUCAAUCCUGACCCGUUUGACCCCUGGAGUAUCCCCCAAGGCUCCUCGCAAGUGUCUUCGCCGCAACAUAAACCAUAUCAUCUUGAGUUGCAUCCAGGACAACAGUCUGCUAAUGCAUCUCCGUUGCCGUCCCCUAUGAAGUCUCCUGCCCGAACACCAAUGACUAAACAACCAUGUUGCACGGCACUUUACGAUUUCGAGCCUGAAAACCCCGGAGAACUUGGCUUCAAGGAAAAUGACAUGAUAACCCUCUUGAAUAAAGUAGAUGAAAACUGGUUCGAGGGUAGCAUACAAGGUCGUACAGGUUACUUCCCUGUAAACUAUGUAAGGGUAGAUGUACCGUUACCGUAAAUUACUUUUUUGAUUGCAAAAACCUAAUUCAUGACAUAGAACUGCAUUCAGAUAAAAGUCUGUACAUCAUGCAAUUUCAAAUAAAGAUUAAUAUUACUUAAAUUGGGUAACUGGAAACUAUGUCAAAUACACCGACUUUUAGCCAAAUACGGUAUUAGAGGUUAUAGAAAAUUUGAACCUAAAGCAUACAUUUAUCUUUUUUUACCCAAAUAAAUCGUGUAAUAUACGCAUAGGGUCCUGAAAGUCGAAUAGGUAUGGACUGAGAUACAGGUUUUGAGAAUAACUUCUGUUUUCAUUAAGUUUCUUUCGCGUAGUGCAUAGUGAAAACAGAAGUAACAAAAGAAAAAUGUAUGUUUCAGAUUCAGUUGUGAAUUUGACAUUGUUUCCAGUUAUCUAACAACCCUCACGUCCCAGUGAAUAUUUUUUGUCACCGUCAUUUUCUCGUAAAAUGUAGAGAUUUCAUGCAUAUUUGAUAUUAGGAUGUCUAUAUUUUAUGAAGUAUGGGCGAUUAACUAGAAUUUGAUUUUGGUUGCAGUUCUAUGAUACCGAUAUUAAUAUUACGUGUUAUGGUUUAAACUUGCCGUUUUUUGUACAUACUUCGUAUUUAGUUUAAAACUAUUCAACUGCACUCAAAAGUCGAAUAUUAACUGCUUGUGAUAAAAAUGUAUUUAUUUAGUUUAGAUAGAUUUUAGUCUUGAAUUUUAAAUCCUUACUAUGAAAUCUUCCGUUGUAAAAACUGUUCCAGAAACGAGGUAUUUAGAAUAUUUUAUUGACGAGUGUGAUCGGUGCAGUUGAAAAUAUUGAGAUAUUCCAGAUAUUUUAUAUUGCUCUAACGAUGCGAUUGUUGAUGUUUAAGGAUCACUUUUUCUUGUACCGGGAGUUCUUUAGGCUCACAGAACUUUAAAAUGGAAUAAGUUAAAGACAAUUUGGGACUAUACAAAAACUGCUCUUCCACAUUGUGCUUUCCUUACCCUGCCGCGGCGCCCGUAUGCCCAAAAUCAAUUAUGGUACAACCUUAGUUUUCUAAUAUAGUCCUGAAAUUAUAUGCUUUAUAAUAUUUUUUUUUAAUUUCAUUUUAACGUUCUAUAUAUGAAAAAAAAAACUAUUGUAACACUAACAAUGGUAACAAUGUUUUUGAGUAUACAUACUUGGCAAGGUUUAACUUGAGGUGUUCCUUGAAUUUCGGAAAUCAGUACAGAAGCCAGAAGUCGAUGUCAAGUCAUAAUAGUUAUCAGAACAAUGUAGAAAAUAAUGUACUUUUCGAAUUAUCGGCUUUCAAAAAAAUCGGAUAAAACUACACCCUAUGAUGAUUUUUUAAUUCCCUUUACCACAAAUUUCAAUCUUUUCUUAGACGGAGUGAUGGACAGUGUCAUCCUACGUAGUGACAGCUAGACGAAUACUAACGCCACUUUUAUUAAUUCGUGAAUGUAAACGUAUUUUUUAAAUCCACAAUAAAUGUUCAAACUGCCUUCCUUCAGCAGCAAUGCCAGCUUGACAUCUUAAAAAUGAUUGAGUUAUCAUACAGUCGAAUCUUCGGUUAUUAACAAAUUCAGCUGACUCCGUUAUUCUGCCCCGUAGCUCAGCUAAAUUUUUGAUUGGAUUGGCUUUUAUCAAACUUUUUCUUUUACCGCUCACCAGUAGAAAAAUCGAGUGGAUUUAAGUCACGUUAACGGGCUGUCCACGAAAUUGUACCAUACCGCCCUAUCCAUCUACUCGGGUAAUCCGCAUCAAGAACAGUGUGAAAAGUCCAAAUAAAUGUCGCCAUUCAAGAAUCCCAGUCCACGUGUUUACUUUAAAACGAUACUGCGAUUUAUCUUCUCAUCAAAUGUGGAUGUUCUACAUGCUACUCGUGUAAGUUGUGUAGAUUCAUAUAACCAUCUCUUUUAAAUGGACUCUUCAGUCCAUAAAAUUUGACACUGACACUGUCCGUCUAAGAAAAAACUGAAAUUUGUAGUAAUGGGAACAAAAAUAUUAUCACAUGGUGUCGAUUUUUUCAAGCCUAUAAUUUGAAAAGUACACGGCUUAGAUUUUUUUAUAUUUUUCUGAUAUGACUUGGCCUGGAACACCCUGUAUUCAGAGUUUUUAGCUGUUGGUAGUUGUCUGAAAGUUAAUGUUUCAUCUUACUUUGUGAGUUAUAUAAAGUCAAAUAUACAUAAAUAAAUCUAUACGAAACGACUGAAUGUACUGGAAAAAUGCAGGUAUCUAUACUGAUUCUCCCACUUAGUUGUAAAAUGGUUGUGGAUAUAUUAUAUUAAAUAUGCUGCACUUCUAUGCUAAAUAUUCGCCUCAACCUUUUACAACUCGGCCAAAAAAGUGUUAUUUGCAUGAAACAAAAUCAGUGUUUAUAAGUACUAUAAAGCAACUAUGUUCUGUUGAUGUUUUGUGUAGUUGAGCUAGGAUUUCCGCUGAAACUUUAUUCUUAUAUGAAUAUAUAUAUAUAUAUAUAUAUAUAUAUAUAUAUAUAUAUAUAUAUGUUCAUAUUGUUAUUAAUAGUUAUCGAACUUUGGUCACUCCAGUAUAUAAAUUUCGAAGCCCCAUUCAUUCAUUUCUUCAGAAAUGACCAGCUAAGAUCAUUACUUAUAUUCAAACCUCAUUUACUCUCGCUUCUAUUCACUCUGCGUUCCCAGGAAAAUCUGACUCUUGAGCCAAUAGGAGGACGAGAAUUUGACAUUUAGUUCCAUUUAUGCUUAGUGGUAAAAAUGAAGGGGAGCAAAGCUUGACAGCAAGGCUCUUUUUAUGAACGCCAUAUUGGGUUCUGGCACAGAUGAAUACAGUUUUUAAUCCAGAAUUCGAAAAAUAAUGUCAUAAAUGUCAUACAUUUACGUUGCUAAGUCUUAGUUAUUACAAAGAAACUAUCAUUUUCAUAGUUUUUCAAAACCGUGUUCAACAGACAUUGUAUUAUUUUCUCAUUUAUUAACAACAAGCUCAUGCUGGACAUGCCACCCCAGCCAUUUCAUUCAAAUGCAAUGUUUUCAUCGAUUUAGGUAUGACAAAUGAGGAGCGUUCAUUCAAAAUCGGACAUAUCCAUAUAAACUAAUUUCGAGAAAAUCGCGAAAAACUGAUUCCGAUUCUAAUUUUGUAUUGAGCAACUUCUGCCAUGUUACACCUGUUGGAAUGAUACUUUGAACUUACACAUCACUUUUUUUAAUAAGGCAAAAAGCUUGAAAAAACUGAUCGAUAUGUCUGGUUUUGUCUGAACGCAUGUUGGAUUUGUCCGAUUUUGUUUGAUCGUGGUCGGGAAAAUUGUAAGAAUCCUAAUAUAAUAUGAUUUAUAGAAAAAAUAGGCAUGAAAAAAAUAUUUUUGAAAAACAUAAACUUCAAAGUUACGGCUAAACAUUUUUAUUGAGAACAGAAAAUAAAAAAAUCACAUGUUUGCAUGACUGAUUUAUGUAUGAAUGUUAUGAUCGUCUUCCAUACAGUCGCAGUAGUUAAUUUCUUCAACUGUUUGUUUCGUCAUCUUCUUGACUUGGCUGCACAUUAUCAAGCAAAGUUUCUUUGUAGAAAUUAAGGUCUGGAACUUCUGGCCAAUGAAAAUCAUCGCCAUUGAACUGCUUCUCCAAAAGAGAAAUCACGUUCUUCUUUUUUUUUGCAGAAAUAGGAUUUCCAAGUGGCAUAACCUUAAAAUCUAUUUUUUGAUCACUUCGACCUCUUUUUAUUAUUGAAGCAUACUGUUUUUGUUCGUCGUAAUUAAAAAAUGCACUUCCCUUCACUUGUACUGAGAUCCCAUUAGAAGAAACACAUUUUUUCAAGAAAAUCUUCUUGAAGUCUUUGAUGCCACUAAUCAUCGUAUAGGUUUCACGUAACUCUUUAACAUUAUAUAGUUGUCAGUCUUUUCCCAGGACACGCACGGGGCCAAAUCUUCCAUAAUACCUUUGAUAUUCUUCCGGAUUAGGAAUGAUUGUAUAUUUCUUUAAAAUCUUCUCCACGCGGCCGAAAACAGGAACGGCUGGCAGAUAAGAGUGGCCUCGUACAAGGAAAUGCAAUACCAACGGUUUCACGGAAGGAGGAGCCUCAUCUUAAGCCAGAGUUUCAAAACAUGUAUGAUAUGGUCAUUCUUGUUUUGCCCACUACAGCCAUCACAGAAUAACCUGAUAGUCUCUAUAUCUUCCAAAUCAAUAAAUCUUAGGUACGCCAAUAAACCCGAGCCAAUCCAUUGAACCGCGACCUGCUUGGUUUUCGGUGUAGAAAAUUGGAUUUUUAGAAUUAACGUCGACGCAACAAAAUGUAUAAAAACUAAUCAGGCGCAAAUAGAAGGCAUAUUGAAUUGGCGUCUUUGGCAGCGGGUGUACCUGUUGCAAGUCAAAGCAAAGCGAAUGGCUUUUUGGAGGAGUCUCUUUUAAAUGCUGGUUAAAAGCAUUUGCUCGAAGUUUAUGUAUUCUGAGCUGCAUCAUUAGCAAAACUUUUUCUGUCCCAUCUUUUUGUUUAAUAGCGUUUUAUUAAAUUAAGGCAUGUUCGGCAAACAUCACAUGCUGGGGAUGAAAAUAAAUCCAAUAUUAAAUUCUUUAUAAAAGACUCUCUUAAACGUACUUAAAGAUGCCUGAAAACCAGUAUUUUUUGAGUUGUAUAAUUUACUUAAACGUGCUAUAUUUAAAUCACUUGAGAGAUAAUACAAUGCACGACUUUUUUUCUGUUGUAAUGACUUUCGGUGGCUGGCAAGUUUUCUAGAAAGAUUCGUAUUUUAGCAUUGACUGGCCCGGAUCGAGCAGUGUGUCUGUCCCCACCUCUUCGAUCAUUCGGAUGGAAUAAUUGAUUUUUUUCUUCGCUCGAAAAAAUAAGUCGCUUGGACCGCUUUUGUUUUCCUCCUUUGGCUUGGAAUAUCACUCGUGGGCCUGCUUCUUUUGGGAUCGGUCACUGAUAUAAGAUAAAACUUUUCUCUUAGCUUUUAAAUAUCGCCCUUUUGUACUAAAUUGCGUCUAUAUGCGUUGCUAUUGUGAUUACAUGGGCGUUGAAAUGACGAACAUUUGGAUCUGCAUCGAGAUAUCUGGAACAAAAUAAAAAACACCCAUUCAUAUUUCGAUGCAGCCAAACUGGAUUUAAUAAAAAAUAAACUUGCUAUUCAUGUUGGAUCUAUAAAAAAAUUUUUAUUAUCCGUUUCCAAAUCAAUGAAAAACCGCCUACAGCACUAGUUUUAAACCACACCCAACAUAAUACAUACCGGUAAUAGAAUACGACUUGCAAAAAGGAAUAUAUGAAAAAGCAUUAGUUUAAAACUAUCUUAACUUUGCUUCUUCAAUGUAUCUCCAGAUGGCUUUGGCUUUUUCUUUCUGACACCCAAAUUUAUGUCCCCUACUGUAGUAUCCAUUACCAAUAAUGGAAUAACAAUGCAACCACUAAGUACUCAAUAAGAUUCACAAAACAAUUUAAUAAACACAGCUAACGUACUAUAAGCAAAUUGUCACUACGGCGGGUGCGUCAUAAAAACAAAGCCUGUUGAUUGAUAUCGAGCCAAAUGAGACGUCAGACGAGCGAGCCAUCAUAAAGCGCGGGAAAACCACACAGCAUGACAAACAGGCAUAAGGAUGGGUUUGAAGUUCGAUGUUCUAAAUCGAUAAAUUUAACCCUAUGGAGUUAUGUGCUAUGGAUAUGUCUGCUUUUGUCCUACUAUGCAUAUCUUUAGAUGUUAAAUAUAAUUGGAUAUGUCAGGUUUUGGUUGAUUUUCUAAAAUUCAUGUUCGAUAGUGGAUAUGUCUGGUUUUGAGUGAACUGGGGAAGUUUAGGUUCAAAUUACUAUAGUAUAUGCCUGAUUUAGAACAAGUUUAAGGUGAGCAAUCGAUAGACACCAUGGAAAAUAUUCAAUAACUGUACUAAACGAAUUUUAUGCUAAAAUUGGGUAUGUCCGGUUUUGAAUGAACGCCCGUCAAAUAUGAAAUGUGUUUAGCAACCUGAAACAUCGUCGAGGCUUUUACUUAUAAAAAGUUUCUAUCGAUUUCUUAUAAGGAUUUCACUACUAGCUUCCAACAAUAUAAAUGUCAGCCUUACCUUACUUGUUAUUCGAAGUGUUGACCAAUUAUUAUAGGCAGAUUACUUUUCUAGACAUUUAAAGUUAUAUUAUAUAGUAUCAAUACAUACCAUAUCACAUCAUUCAACUCAAAAUAGGGACUGCUUAUCCGGCUUGCUCCAUAAAACGGAAGGAUAUUGCUUGGCUGUAGGAUAAUAAUAAUAAUAAUAAUAAUAAUAAUAUUUAUUCGCCAAAAUACAAAAGUGUUUAAAAAUGGGCAAAUAAAAAUGAAAAAUCCACAGUGGACAUUGUCUGUGUAUGUGGAUUAUAUCUUACUAACUAACAAACAUAUAAUUAAGUCUAAAAAGUAUUUUUCGCUGUAUAGUACAAACCCAUUUUUUUAAUGUUCGUCUAUUUCUUUCCAAUUUUAAGUGUCUUUAUUUCGUUUGCUACCACAUUAUAUAAUUUAGCUGCGAAGCAUUUAAAUGAUUUUUUGAAUAAUGUUGUUUGUGGUCUUUCGUUAUCAGAUGAGAAUAUACGAAAACGUGUGGCAUGCUCGUGUUUAUGGGAAUGUUGUUCAUAACAAUGUUUAUGGUAAUUUAAAUUGCCUCUUAUCAAGAAUGCCAUUUCCUUGUAUAAAUUGUUUGACGGAUAUUAUGAAAUAAAUCUGACUAUGUCAAGGUCUACUUAGGAUAUUCUGUUUUUUCAAACAUUACAGAUUUACAAUAUUAAUGUUAUGACGUUAUACAUUUUUUAAAUCAUAAUUAAAAACUCUAUUCACCAGUGCAGUAAUCUAAUAUGGCGUCAACAAAAAAUUGUUGAUGAUUGAGGACAAAAACGUCAUAUUGAGAUCCUAAAUGUUUCUCCUUGCAGAAGAGAAACACUGACAAUGUUAAAUUUCAAUUUAUUUUAGAAUUUCACCUCAAAGUCGGGAAGAAAUAAAAACGAUGUUGGAAAAAUUCUGAUUUUUUGCCUAUCUCCGGAAAUAUUACGAAUUACGAAACUUCCUUAGUGCGAUUUUCUUAGUUACUUAAAUGCGCAACUUUGUCCCGAUUCAACCGAAGAGUUGAAUUUGAUACACUUGGUAUGUCCCAUGUUACUAAUAAUAUGGUACCCAACUGAAGCAUCAUGAGUAAUAUAAAUGGCAACGCUGCCUAGAAAUCACCUAGCGACACGACUCGACGCGUGACUUGAUCGAACGUUUUCCACUUUACAAAAGCACGUUGGCGAGCAAAUUUCAAAUAUUUAUACUAACCCCAUGCAUUUGAUGCUUGAAUUUACUGCGACAUUACGCUAUACAACUGAAGCGUAAUUAGCAUGAUAGGUGAAAUUAAGAGCAACUGAAAUGUUUUCCAUAAGACUUUAUGGACAUUACCUAGGUGUUGACAUUAUCACUAUGAUGCUACACUAGAGUAAUAUUAGUGGUAACAUACCGUAGUGUAAAUUUUUGUUACAUGCAUACAGUCAUAUCUGGUUCCAACAGUUUCCUUAUUUUCGUAUAAUGUGCCCUCGCCACUUUUUACUCACAAAAGUUACUCGAAAGAAGUUUUCUAUCAUUUUUUUCAAAUUUCGUUGCAAAAUGUAGAUGAUUUAUAUUGGGGUGUCCAGAAGUUAAAUAUUGAACUAUGAGUUACCUAUUAACUGUUUUAUAUAUAUAUAUUACAAAUGUAUAAAUGGAAAUAGAUGUCACAUUAUGAAUGUUGUAUUUUAGUAGGAAAAGUUUAAAUAACUCGAAUACGAGAUAUAUUAAUAGUACGUUCGGAGAGUAAAAAUAUUGCAAUACAUCCCGAAUCAGGUUAUUUAAACAUGUAAAAAUGUAUAUUUCAUAAGCAUGCUAUCAGCCUGCUACCCAUACAUCAAUGGAUGAAAAAAAUUAGGUAGCAAAAAAUUUCGCUUAUUUUGUUAUCGCUAUCUUACAUGUUAUAAUCCUUACAAGACGGUGGCUUGAAAAUUCAUUAAAGGUGUUUGCCUGGAAAACCCAGAUAAAUAGUGGGUAAACUGACAACCAAUACGACAGCAUACCGCGUAGUACGUCAAUAGGCCGCUUUACGUUGAAUGUCGCGUGGACUGUGGUCUGGACUUCUUGCAUAUCAAUUUUUAAAUUUGACAACGAAACAGUGGAGCCAGAUCAGAAAUGCUGAAAACGAAGUUGAUCAACUUGUUUGGAGAAAUAUCCUUCAGGUCUUCUACUUGGAGUACUGCCCCCAAGUAUAUCUGUAUAAUUUGCAAUUAUCAGUGUAUAGUCCCACUAAAGCUUUAAAGCUAUUCCUGUUUAAAAGCAGCAGUGAGUCUGUUACCCUUUUUUGCCAGAGUGUCGGCUGUCUCAUUACCCUUCAGACCUAUAUGCCCUGGUAUGUACCAAGAGCUUCUUUACAAGUUCACACUAAUUUCGAUGUUAAGUGGGUGGUGUCAAGUACCUGAAGCGCGGCUUGACGAUUUGAGAGAACACCUGAAAAAUGGAUGUUCAGGUUCCUAGGCUGACUGAUGCCUUAAUCUCCAGGUUCGGCACAUCUACUUCGGUCUUGGAGCUAUAUAUGUAUGCACUAAUAGCUUUUUUGUCUUCCAUUCCCACUCAUUGCUAAGUAGGGCUUAGCAUACCUUGUUUUUUUUAUGGCAUUAUAUCAGAAAGCGUUCCCAGACUGUGGUGGUUUUGUAUGCCCACCAACAUGUCGCCACAUGAUGUAGCCUAUAGGCUAUCCUUCUUGCCUCGCUUUCCAGGUAUAUGUGCAAGGGAGGUAGAUUAAGAAGAACCUCCAUAGCCGCAGUUGAUGUGGUGCGAAAAGCUCCAGUAAUCAACAUGUCCUUGGUAAACAGCGAAAACAUUUAAUAAUAAUAAUAAUCAUAAUAAUAAUAAUAGCGUUUAUUUGCAGCUAAAAAAUUACAUAUGAUGCAGAAUAGGGAAAACAACAAUUUACACUUAAACAGCAAACAGUCUAGGACUGACCAAAGUACUGGUCCAGUGACAAAAUAGAGAGCACAUUUUUAUAGCCGUCUAAGGAUACUACAAUUCUAACCAAUUCGUUCCAAAAUGACAAAAAAAGAGAGAAACAAAUUGAAGCACAAUAUGUUUCUUUAAUCAAACUUUAACUAAAGACUCAUACCCAGAUGAGAAGGACAACACAGGAGAGACUCCAAAAGAAAUUUCUUACAAUUUCUUUUGAAAGCUGACACUGGCAUGGAUUUAAAGUCUGUGGGAACGUGGUUGUACGAGCGAUGAACAGAGUGUGAAAAUGAUCUACUGAACUUUGCAGUAUGAUGUGAUGGUUGAGAAAUGAGACCUCUGAACCGGACAUUGACAUUGUGAACGUCACUACGGAAUGUAAUUUUAUUAUAUAAGUACGGCGGAGUUCUAUAUAAAAUAAUCGUAUGAAAAAUUACUGCAGAGUGCAGGUUUCUCCUCGACUGCAUGUUUAACCAGCCUGCUUCAGAUAACUUGUAGGAAACAGGUUCAAAUUUUCUAACUCCAAAGAUAAACCUGAGACAAGAUUUUUGAACACGCUGUAUCCGGUCAGAAUCAUUUUUUGUUAAGCAAGGACCAUGCACUGAGUAUCACAAAGUAAAAUCUUGAGGUCAGUGGAAAAAAUAUGACGGAAUGGAAACAGGAUUUUAAGCCGUCCAUAAGCUUGACCAAUCAACAUGCUUUGUAAAUCUCAAAUCGUUAUCUAUGACUAAGCCUAACUUCCUUGUAGCAGAUGUAUGUGGGAUAAUACUAUUAUUGAUUGUAAUAAGAGCCUGCAAGACUAUUCUUGUGCUUCCCAAACAUUUGAUUUUAAUGGAUUUGUUUAGGCUUCAUUCCCCAAUUCUUUCCACAUACCCAGUUCCAAAACGAUCCUUGCUUUCAGAUGCGAAUUUAGUUAGCGUUUUAUCUAAGAUUACUCCGAGGACGUAUUAAAUCGAAGCUUGUGUGGUAAGAGGCGGUAGAAAUUAGGCGUUUUGCGGUAGAACCGAAGCGGAAGUCUGAAAAUGGAAAAUCUAUCGUAAACUCGUUAAACCUGGCAGCACUGGUGGACCUUGGGGCUUUGUGCCGGAGUCUUCCAGCACCUAGAAAUCCAACGCGCCACUCCAAAACUGUGCGGUUUUGUAUUUAGACGUACUGUAUCGGCCUAUGUACUCCAAAGGCACUGAUUGGAACGCGUACCAGGAACAAUGUCACAUUUUUUGUGUCAAGUGCGUAAACCGGCCUAAUGACAUCAUUGGUGACAGUUUCUCAAGUUACUCAGGGUUCGUAUGCAAUGGUGUCUUGAGGCAUACGUUUUUAAAGAUGUCUUAUUUGCGCUGACACUAUGAAGUGGUAGGAGAGUUGUCAAAUAUCAAGCUUUUCCUAUCUGAGGCAUCCUUAUCAAUUAUUAAUUUGAAAUGCUUAGCUUCCUACGUUCUGCGCCUUGAGGAAAGUUAACAACUAUGCGAGGCACGAUAUUUGACAACUCUUCUGCCACUCCCAUGUGUCAAGUCUGACAAAUGAACCAUCCUUACAAUAAUAAGGCCUUAACUGAAAGAGUAACUCUGCAGUGGAUCCCGAAUUGAACCGUGAUUUUGAUAAGAUCAUAUCAUUUAGCCUUUUGGAUAUUUGUAUAGUUUGUAAUCUUAUAGAGCUAGGCGAGAUAUUGCGAGUGCCAUAGAAUUAUUUGAGAUACUUAUGUAACCUAUUAUGUGGUUCGGUGAAAAGGAUACGGAAAAUAAUGCUCAUCAUAAUUUAAAUGAGACAGAAAAUUAUGAAAUAAUUUGUCCGGUUUUUCUCAUUAAAUAAUAAUUAUGGAUAUUCAACUUACACAUGAUACUCAGUUGUUUUUCUGUGAUAACCUGUUUGUUGCUGUAGAUUUUCAUUAUGGAAUCAGAAAAUAGAAUUAUUUACUAUUUACUCUUAUGAUCUCUUAGUAAUCUGUUUAAAGACUCAUAUUCUUGAGUUUAAAUAUCCAGAGCAAAAUUUAAUAUCAAAAUUUACGGAUGCUAACAAUUAUUUAUUAAUGUUAUUUUAUCAUAUCUGUGAACACACAUAAUACUCUACUCUUAAACUGCAGUGACCCAAAAUUUGCGAAUCGUCCAAAAGUCUGUUCCGAUUUAAAAAAUGUCUAAGCUCUUAAGGCGUCCCUACACGUAACAUUUCUUGGUCUGCAAAUUGUCGCAGACCCUCGCAAUGACUGGAAGUUGAAACGUUGUCAUUGAUUGUUACAUAUAUGGGGCCUAAGAUAACAAUACAGUUUGUAUAUAUUUUGUUUUUUUUUUGCUUAGCCAUUCGCCAACUACAUCGCUUGGCUGUCAUCUACUAUGUAUCACCCUCAAUCUCAAUUCACGCACUACAAUUUUGACAUAGGAAAUUUUUGUCAAAAAUGUCUGAAGAGAUCCUCAACUUAAAAAGUGAAAAAGAUCCUUGUAAAUAUUUAAUGUAAAACGCUAGUUUUUUGUAAAUUUUGUUGAUAUUCGAGAUAUGUGCUUACCUAGUCAGUAUAUAUACAUAUGUAUGUAUAUAAAGGCUUUCUGAUACAUCGUUUUUUGAAAUUUAUAAAUAGUUCCAGCUUUUCGUAAAAAAUAAUGUCACUUGUAAAUAUUGUUCAAAAAAAGUGUGGAAAAGUUAAAUGCACUAUACAAUAUUGAUCAAGAAAUGAAUGUGUGUUCAGAUUGACAUGGCUUGUUGAUAAAGUUUUAGCUGAAACAAUACACUCUCUUGACUUGCUCUACGUUUACGUGAAUUAUACCAGAUAUCAUGAUUAUCGGUCAGCUGUGUUUUAUAUAUCCCUUACAGUAUGUUACCACUAGUAUUACAUAUAUGUCGCGUCAUAGGUAGUCUAAAUGGCAACACUGUAACCACAUGCCUAUGAUGCUCGAGUCUAUUUGUGGCAACGUACUGUAGACAGCAUGUUACUAUAGAAGCAUGGGGAGUAAAUUAGUAAAUCAAUACUGGCUUCGUGCUGCCCUGCAAGCGUUGUAUGCUUUGCUAAAGCGGGGGACGUCUGGCUGAGUUUGACCGGUAGGUAAACAGUACAUAGACGGUGUUGACAUUUAUAUUCAUAUGUUGUUCCACUUGUGUAAUAUUACUGGUAACAUACUGUACGUACAAGAACAAUGUAUGCACCUUAAAACCCAUGCAUACCAAAUAGAGCUGUUUUCAAAUGCUAUUGGCUAAAAUUGACAGCUUUUUUAACCUCAGAUUAAACCAAACAUGAAAAUACAAUAUGUAACAAAUAAAAUAUAAUGGCAUGCAUGGGCAUUUGAGUAUCGCAGUCACGAUUUGUUUAUGUAUAAAAUACAGAAAAACCUUUUUAAAGUUAUAGAUUAUAUCUGGUUGAUGACAAUACAUUAGAUAUAUAAAUUGAAAUAAGGAAUAAUAUUGUUAAAAAUCUUACCUGUUAUAUUUUCAAUGUAAUUUAACGUAUAAUGUAUCCUUAAUUAUAGGGCAGAGAAUUUUUGUCUCUUAAAUAAAUUAUCACUAUAAAUUGAAA